AUGACCAGUGACGACCAGCAGUUCUUGGAUUUGCUUGCGAGCAUUCCGCAAGAUGUCGCCUAUUACGGGAGUCGUGUGGCGGACUACAUCGAGAAACACACGAAUAGCAUUGCCACCGAAAUUCGAGACGCCCUAGAUUCGGCGAGCUGGAUCCCUGAUUCCCUGCGCCCCCCUCGUCCAUCGAAUGGAGCCAUGGGCAAUUUCUUUGCUCGCCCUCCACCUCCUCCUCAAGGCUUCAUCGAGCAGACCACUGCAUGGGUCUCGAGGAAUCGUACUGCAAUCGCCAUUGUUGUCGCAUUCACAAGCACAUCCAUCUUUUUGAUCCGUCGCAGAAAAAAGGCGCACGCCAGAAAACGGAGGGCAAGAAAGUUGCCCAACGGAGCGAAGAAAGAGAUUGUUGUUUUGGCAUGUUCCACAUUCCACGAUGCUCUUACACGGUCACUAGCACUCGAUCUUGAACGACGGGGCUACGUUGUUUAUGUCACUGUUUCUUCAACAGAUGAAGACUCACUGAUCCAGCAAGAAGCCAAAGCUGAUCUCCGGCCGUUGUGGAUUGAUCUGACCUCGACUGUACCCAACCCAGCCGUUGACGUCCACCCCAAUCUCGAGCCCAUCAGAGAUCUACUUACAAAAUCCUCUCGGCCGUCCUCUCCUACUUCCAGUCGAUCAUUUCAAGGAUCGUCUUUAGGCAACAUGACGCUAGCUGGAGUUGUCGUCUUUCCAGGUUGCUCCGGCUACUCUGAAGGCCCACUUGCACUUCUUCCUCCGAGCGACAUUGUCGACACCUUGAAUACCCGCCUGGUCUCCCCAGUCCUCACAAUUCAGCAGUUCCUUCCACUUCUUGCCAACUACUCUACAGACCCGAAAUUCCCAGCCAGCAUCGUCAUUGCCUACCCUUCGAUUCCCCAGUCCCUCAACUCCCCAAGACAAAUCCCGGAAGGUUUGGUAACAACUUCUCUUUCGGCACUAGCCUCAACUCUCAGAAGGGAAAUCUACGCAGCCAGCGCAAAUAUAACAGUCAGUGAGCUCAAGAUGGGCAAUUUUGACAUGGGUUCCGUCCCCAGCACACGGACAGCAGCUGGACAGAGUACAGGCAGACUCGACCCGUCAAAUUCCGCACUUACGCAUGCAAAUACUCACUGGCACAGUUCACAAAGAGCAGCAAUUCAACGCAAAACUCUAGGCCAACGUAGUUUCAUCCGAGGCAGUGCUGCACGGGAAUUCCACAAUGCAGUUUUCGACGCCCUAGCACCAGUCCAAACAUUCAAAGCAUUUGGCCGCUUCGAGUGGCAGAGCAUGACAAGAUCCAACGUAGUGUUCGUUGGAAGUGGAGCUCGACUGUACGACAUCAUUGGCCGAUAUCUUCCUGGAGGUUUGGUCGCAUCGAUGAUGGGUUAUCGGACUCAAUAUCGUCAGAUGGACGAAGAACACAAAAUUGAAACCGAUACUACCAGAGUUUAUUUCGCCCAAACAGGACUUAGUAGUGGUUCCGGUCAUAUUACUCCAAUGCGCUCGUCCUCUACCACAUGGGGAGCAAACUCGGCAGAAAGCGAGAGUGGUGUUUGGGAGAAGAUUUAUUCAAGAGACGGCCACUUCUGA